CCACACCGGGGGGAUGUCACUGUUUCUCCAGUCCUGGGACAAAAGCCGCUUUGGGGUCAAAUUCGGGGGAAUUGGGGUUCAGCUGGUCAGUGACCACCGCCCCCCCCAGUUUAUUCCCUUUUCCCCAUUUCUCACUCCAGGAGGGUUUUCCUGCUCCACUGGGGCUGCGCUGGCUCCUGGGAAGGUGCUGGGGUUCGCUGCCUGCUGGGGUUGGCUCUGGUGUGAAUUACCCUUGGAUUCGGUGCCUCGUUAGGGAGGAAUCCCGGCGGGAUUCCCGAGGGAUCCCGGGUGAGACAAUGCCCGCAGCAGGCUCGGACCCCGCCCGCACAUGGACAAUAGCUCUGGGUCCCCGAGCCGCCAGGCCACGGAGGGUGCGGCGGGAUCCCCGCAGGAAGGAGAGCAGGGAGAGACCCCGGAUCCCGCCGGAGAACAAAGGAUGAGAGCAGAUCCCAGAUUCCGGGGGGAGAUGGGGCCGGAUCCUGGCUCCUGGUGGAAGGAGGACAGUGUUGGAUCCCCUGUCCCAGCAGGGGAAGGGGGACAGCGUCAGAGCCCAAAUCCUGCCAGUGAAUCCCAGCGCCGUAAUUUGGGUGAGUUUGGGGUAAAAGCACCGACCUUCGAGUGUAUCCUGUGGCCCCCUGGAGCAUCCCCAGGAUCCUGGUGAUCCUCACCAGGUUGGAAUUUCCCGGAGCCAUGGAUUUCCCCCGGCAGGAGCAGCCAGGGGGUCCCUGCUCCCGAGUGGUCCAUUCAGUUAUGGAGCUUCUGAAGCACCCAAAAUUGUGUGUUUUUCCCCUAAAAUGCUGGUACUCCCGGGAUUGCUAGAAUGCCCCAGGGCGGGGAGUGGUUUAUUCACGGUGAUUUACAGGUUGAUCGUGGUCAUUGACGCCAUGGCCAAAAUGCGUCCCGUUUAACCGGACUCUCACUGGACUCUCACCUUUUCCUGGGAAGGGUCAGCGCGGACACCCGCGGGAUCUCUGGUGACCACUCGGGUGGCCUGAGGAAGUGACACCGAGCAAGUGGAGCUAUGUCCAGGCCCGAACCGGGAGACUGGGAGCGCUGGGAGAGCAGCACGGUGUCCGGCCCCACACCACCGGGAACAGUGGCCGAAGCAGCCCCACGCCACACCCGGAGCACCGGGAACAUCUGGAGCGGGGAGCCGCAUGCCGAGGGGCGCUCUGCGGCGAGCGGGGCUGCCAGAGGUGGCCCCCAGCCCCGAGCCACAGCGGAGGCUCCUCGCUCUGGAGGGACGAGAAGCCUGUGGUAUCCCACUCCACGCGGAUCUGGGAUCACCGGGAGCACUGGGAGCACCGGGAGCACCGGGAUCACCGGGAGCACUGGGAUCCCCAUCCCGCUGCCUCGCGCGGGACCCGCGGGCCACUUCCACAUGUGGAGGGACUACUUUGGGCUGGCGGCCAUGAUGACCACGUGUCCCCCGGCUCCGAGCACCGAACCGGCUCCGAGCUCCGGACCGGCUCCAUGUACCGGAUCGGCUCCAUGUACCGGACCGGCUCCGAGCUCCAGACCGGCUCCAUGUACCGAACCGGCUCCGAGCUCCGGACCGGCCCCACCUUCUGAGCCGGCUUUGUGCUCGUUCUGCCAGCACAACGGGGAGUCCCCGGGCGUGUACCGGAGCCACAGCCUGCGGGACGCGCAGGGCCGCCUGCAGUGCCCGGUGCUCCGCAGCUACGUCUGCCCGCAGUGCGGGGCCACGCAGGACCAGGCCCACACCCGUCGCUUCUGUCCCCGCACACACCGAGGCUACACCUCCGUCUACUCCCGCCCGCUGCGCUCCGGCAGCGCCGGGAGGAGGCAGAAGAGCUGGAUGUAGCCGAGAGAUGGAGGAUCCCGCGUCCCCCUGCAGGUACCCGCGGGCUGUGAUGUGGCACAUCCCAUGGCACAUGUGGCACAUCCCACGGCACAUGUGGCA